AAAGAAUUGAUGAGUUGCAAAGAUGAACAAAUAUAUGGAAUAUUAUGGAAUACUACCAUGGCGGGAAUAACUUUAAAAGAGCCGUGUCCUAAAUAUCAAAAAGGUGUAGCAACAAGAUUUUGUGAUGAACAUGGAGAAUGGGAACCUCCUAACUUUAUCAACUGCACCAACGAAGCUUUGGUGAAUGCAUCGUCACUUUUGGACAGUAUCAUCGCAAAUGAAACACGGGGUCAAAUCCAGGAGACGGUUAACAAUACUCUACGACUGAUGAAGAACCUGACAUCGUCAAGAAAUGGAAUCGGUGCUGGUGAUCUGAGUUCGUCUCUAGGCGUUUUAGAGAAGAUUGUAACAGUGACCAACGCUACAGGAUUUCCUAUCGAAAAAGAGGUAUUUUACGCUGUUAUUGAUAACAUUUUAUCGCCCAAUAACUCAAACGCUUGGACUACUGUAAGCAAAGAGACAGAAAAAGACCCCAGCUUUCUCCUAAAAAAUAUGGACCGUUUCAGCAAGAUUACACUCCGAAACGACAAUAUUACAACGACUAAAUUUAACGGAUCUAAUUUUGAGCUUGUUAUCAACCGGGCAAAAAUCGAUGAAACGGGAAUACGUUUUCCGGAUGAACAAUCAAACAACGUUUUUCUAAACUCCGAAGAAAAUCCUACCUUUCUUAAAUUAAAAAAACAAGCAUCAAACGCUACAAAAGCGAUCAACUAUGUUGCUGUUCUAUAUAAAACAAUGUCAGACAUUCUGGGAUCUGAUUCUAAAAGAUUUAUAAGGAGUGACAAAAACGUCAUGAUGCUGAAUAUCUGUGGAUCGUUAAUACUGUCGUAUACAAUAUUUAUAUCGUCAGUGGAACAGACAUCGAAUGAGGUUGCUUGCGUCGCGAUAACGGCCAUUAUCCACUACCUUUUCUUAGUGACCUUCUUCAGUAUGCUUGGAUUAGGUGUAUAUUACUUCAUGAGUAUUACAGUGACUUACUAUGCCCUGUAUGUUGCAAACAACUUCCAGUCUAAAUCAAGGGUUCGUUGGUUUCUGGGUGGAAUCUGGGGUAUACCGGUCAUUAUUACUGCAACAAAUCUUGGAGCGUUUUGGGGUAAAGGAUACCACCUAAAGUCGUACUGCUGGUUGUCCAUCGAAAGUGGCUCUCUCUAUUUGUUUAUCAUUCCAGUCUGUCUGAUUAGUUUGAUCAACAUUCUUAUAAUUGUUUCACUUUUGAGGGUGUUGUUUGCUUCAAGCAUAGUGGCAAGGUCUUCACUGCAGAGGAAAGCGUCGUGAGUCAAAUCAAGAAAAAUCUUGAUAUUCAUAUAAUUUGGUUUACUAGCAGUGUAGAAAAAAAAAUUGUUUUAUUAGUACCUAUGUCCCAUCAUAAUCCGACAAUUGAAUAUCAAACAUAAAGUUUAACAUAAUAAAAUAAUACUAGUUUUCACAAACAUAUCGCAUGUAUCCACAAAACAUACAAAAUACUGGUACAUAGUUUUUUUCUUCUUACCAACAAACUCACUAACAUACAUGCAUAACAAAACAUGGAAUCGUACAUGUUAUAUUUGUAAAACGUUCUGAUAAAACAAUAUUUUCAAUAAUUACUAGAUCCGGUCUGCGGUCACUUGGAACACUUCUGCCAGUUCUAGGAGUGACUUGGCUGUUCGGAAUCCUGGCAGUUAACGAAAAUGCAGUUGUGUUUCAGUAUCUAUUUGUCAUUGCAAAUUCAUUCCAGGGGUUCUUCAUUUUUGUUUCACACGUUUUGUUGGACAAAAAGGUGAGGCAAGGCAUAGGGAAUAGAUACCCGAGUUUGAGUACAAUAUUCAGUUUCGCUGAGCGAGGGACAAAAGAAACUACUAUAAGUUCACCAAGCCCGUCGACAUCUAAAUCAAAUGAACCAAAG